GAUCGCGAGAACUCCACGAUCGUCGCCAAGAUCGUCGUCCAUGGCAUCCCCAGUGAAUUCCUCCGGCGCCAUCGAAAUGCCGCAGCGAUUCGUCGACAUCGAUCUCUCGCCGCCUCCUCCAUCUCCAUCGCAGCAGCAGCAUCGCAAUCCGGCUCCCAAGUUCCGGCUCCCAGUGGAUUCCGAGCACAAGGCCAAGAAGCUCGAUCUCUUCUCCUUCGCGCAGCCCCACAUGAGAAGCUUCCACCUCUCGUGGAUCGCCUUCUUCACUUGCUUCACCUCCACCUUCGCGGCGCCGCCGCUCAUCCCGGUGAUCCGCGACAACCUCGACCUCACCAAGCUCGACGUCGGCCGCGCCUCCAUCGCCUCCAUCUCCGGCUCCAUCCUCUCGCGCUUCCUCAUGGGCCCGGUGUGCGAUCUCGUCGGCCCGCGCUACGGCUGCGCCAUCCUCAUCAUGAUCACCGCCCCGCCGGUCUUCUGCAUGCCGCUCGUCUCCGAUCCCACCGGAUUCAUCAUCGUGAGGUUUUGCAUCGGAUUCUCGCUCGCCACCUUCGUCUCGUGCCAGUUCUGGAUGAGCACCAUGUUCAACACCAAGAUCGUGGGCAUGGCGAAUGGAUUCACCGGAGGCUGGGGGGAUUUUGGGGGCGGAGUCACGCAGCUUCUCAUGCCGCUGCUCUACCAGCUCAUCCUCAAGUUUGGAGCCAACGAUUUCACGGCCUGGAGGAUCGCCUUCUAUGUGCCGGGGCUGAUGCAUGUGUUCAUGGGGCUGGCGGUGCUGAUCCUGGGCCAGGAUCUCCCGGAUGGGAACUAUCGCGAUCUCAAGGAGCAGGGCCACAAAACCAAGGACAGCUUUGGCAAGGUGCUUCGCAACGCAGCCAAGAACUAUCGCACCUGGCUCUUUGCCUUCGUCUAUGGCUACAGCUUUGGCGUGGAGCUCACUGUCUUUAACAACAUCGCCGAGUACUUCUACGACGAGUUCGGCCUCCACCUCGGCACCGCCGGCAUCGUCGCCUCCAUCUUUGGCCUCGCCAACUUCAUCUCCCGCCCCAUGGGCGGCAUCCUCUCGGACGUGAUCGCGCGCUCCUACGGCAUGCGCGGCCGCCUCUGGAUCCUCUUCCUCUUCCAGACAGUCGGGGGACUCAUGUGUGUGCUGCUGGGCUUCAUGAACACCCUCGGGACUGCCAUAGGCAUCGUCAUCCUCUUCUCCAUCUUCCUCCAGGCGGCGUGCGGUGCGACGUUUGGGAUCGUCCCGUUCGUGUCGAGACGAUCGCUGGGAGUUCUCGCGGGGCUCACGGGGGGUGGCGGCAACCUGGGCGGAGUGGUGACGCAGCUCAUCUUCUUCACCAACGAGACCUUCUCGUUCGAGGCCGGGUUUAGUCUCAUGGGCGCCAUGAGCGUGGGAUGCUCGCUAGCGCUGCUGGGCGUCUACUUCCCGCAGUGGGGAGGGAUGCUUUGCAGGGCGUCGAGCGAUCCUGGAGCCACCGAAGAGGCGUACUAUCUCGCCGAGUGGAGCGAGGAGGAGAAGGCCAAAGGGAUGCACCUCACAGCACUCAAGUUUGCAGAGAACUCUCACUCGGAGAGAGGACGGAUGCGAUCAGGUGCGUCGUCACAACUUCAGCCCAGCGCGGUGGUCAACCCCAUUCUAUGAUAUAUAUUAGCUGUUGUUCUCUCCCUUGGGAUGAUGAUGAUGAUGAUGAUGAUGAAUAUGACUCCAAUAGACU